AUGCAGUCCUCCAUUCGACUUCUGUCGACCUCCCCAUCAUCUCACUCUAAAUGGUCAGGAGCGCAAAGGUGGUGGACCGUAGCUUUACCUGCUUCUGCAGUUGGACUUGGCUUGACAAUCUACUUGCACAGCGCGGUCAGGGCAGAGUCGGACGAACCUGAAGACGCAAAGUCAAGUCCGCACGAGCACGAAGAUUCCAAGGCGUUCGCACCCUCCGUCGAAGCGCUGGACAAUGAGCCAUCCGCCCAUCUCAUCAUCCGCAUCCUCAGUUCCAUUGGGUCAACUCUGAACAUUUACAUCAUAGAGCCACUGGGCACCACCAAGAGAUUCGUUGUGCUUUUCUGCUUGUUCAUGCCAGUCCUUUUGACCAUACCCAUGAUUUGGGUGGGAAGCAGGAAGAAAAAGGGACCUUUGGGAAGGAGGAGAAGAGUCAGAAGGGACGAAGAGGGUCAGAGAUGGGGCGCUAUUUGGUGGUACGGCUUCCUGGUCAAGCAGAUGGAGAGAGCAGGUCCCACAUUCAUCAAGGUGAGCAUCAGCUGCAUGAAUGCUCCGCGCAAAUCUCGCACCCUGUCACCAUGAGUGCUGCCGACCGAUAUCAAGCCGCUGACUACUCUUUGCUUCGCUCCUCACCCCCUCCGCCAGCUCGCUCAAUGGGCAGGCUCGAGGCGAGACUUGUUCCCCGAAGAGCUGUGCAUGCUGCUCGGCAAGCUGCACAGCAACGGCAAGGCGCACUCAUUCGCGUACACCAAGAAGGUCAUCGAGCGCGUCUUUGGCAAGCCUUUCGACGAGAUCUUUGAGGAAUUCCCGCACGAGCCUUUGGGCAUCGGAGCUGUGGCACAGGUGCGUCAUAAGGGUAGCAUUCGCCCUCUUCCUCUUGUCUAACACAUGUAGCGACGUUGAAUUACAGGUGUACAAGGCAAAGCUCAAUCCGGAGCUUUUGCCCCCCGCUUAUCUGACGGAAAAGCGAGAAAGGGCGCGAUCUACAGAAGUGUCUCGACAGCUCGCGCUGACUUACGAGGAUGACUCGGCGCCGCCCGCAGUGCCUACCGCAUCGGUAGCGAUCAAGGUUCUUCAUCCCAAGGUGCACAGGACGAUCAAUCGGGACAUCAAGAUCAUGUCCUUCUUUGCCAACCUCAUCAAUCUCAUCCCCGGCGCCGAGUGGCUCUCUUUCCCCGAAGAAGUCGAAGUCUUCGCUUCGAUGAUGUUCAGCCAGCUGGACCUGCGAAACGAGGCGAAACAUUUGAGGAGGUUUGAAGAAAACUUCAAAAAGAGGAGAGCUGCAGUCUCGUUCCCCAGACCUCUAUUCGAGUUCAGCACGCGCGAAAUCCUUUUCGAGGAGUACGAAGAUGCGCUUCCACUGAAGCACUUUUUGAACAUGGGUGGAGCUGCGUUCGACCAUCGUAUCGCUACGCUCGGUCUGGAUGCUUUCUUGGUGAAUGGUCGAUGACCACUGUGCAUGGCAAUGCCACUGCUGACUCUGCCAAUUACUGCCUGCAGAACAUGCUCCUGAUCGACAAUUUUACGCACGCGGAUCUGCACCCUGGAAACAUCAUGAUCAAGUUCUACAAGCCGACAACCUCUUCCAUGCUGCACGACCUCUUUACACGUAUACUGUCUCGAUUUGACUCGGACUAUGCCAGAGGGGCGAAGAAGGGAGCCCCUUCGGCGGAUGAUCAGGUGGAUCAGAGCGUCGUUGAGCGAUUGAGACCGCUUAAAAAUGAUGCAGAGGCGUGGCUGGAUGAGUUGGAAAGGCUGGAUGCGCUGGGUUAUCAGCCCGAGUUGGUACUCAUAGACGCCGGCUUGACGGUAGAGCUGACUCCUCUGAACAGGCGAAAUUUUUUGGACUUGUUUGGAGCGGUGGCGGAAUUUGAUGGAGCAUUGGCUGGACGAUUGAUGGUGGAAAGAUGCAGAAGUCCGGAUCUGGUGAUUGAUGAAGAGACGUUCGCCCUCAAGAUGCAGGACCUGGUCUUGAGCGUCAAGAGCAAGACGUUUAGUCUGGGCAAGAUCAGGAUUGGAGAUGUGCUCAGCAACGUCUUGCAGAGUGUGAGGAAUCACCAUGUCAAGAUGGAGCCGGAUUUCGUCAAUACCGUCAUUAGCAUUUUGCUGUUGGAGGGUAUCGGCAGGUCGUUGGAUCCCAAUAUGGACGUGAGUACCAAAUGUGCUCCCAAUAUACCUGGCUACAUUUUCUCUAAACUCUUGCUUCGCUGCGUGCUGCAGCUUUUCCAAGCCGCAUUGCCCAUCUUGCGCGGUGGCUUGCGCACAGCAGAUGCAAAGACGAUGAUGACGCAUCGUCCUGACAUGAAGCAUUUGGGACCUAUGCUCAAGGUGAGAGAGAGAGCUACACAUUUCAUCCCUGCUCUUGCUGGCUCAAAACAGAAAGAAUCGCUGACAUGCAACGUCGUACUUCCUCUUUUCGCAAUCAGAUCUGGCUUUGGAUGGAGGCGCGAUCAUGGAUGUGAGUUGAGUAGCGAGCGCAUGCAGACGGCGCUUCGAAGCGGUCAGAGUGGCGCUGACGCAUGCACGCUCGAUUCCAUCUCUCUCCGCUCCGCGUCCUGUGCAGCACCGCGCUUGCCGACCCUACCCUCGUCAACGGUUUCACCCGCUAUGGUUGGCUGUCGGGCGACUAG